UUAUUGUAAGCAUAAAUAAAACUAGUGAAACUAAAAAUUAGGGGCUUACCAUCAACCAAAAGGUUGGUGGUAGCCCCUUGAAAAAUUUAGGGUUGUUUUUUUAGGUUUUUGAGGGGGAACAGAGAGAAGAGAGAAAAAAGGGUAGAUGAAUAGAACAUAGACUUAUUAGACUUAUUUACCCUUUUGUUAGUAUAUUAUGCAAGUAUAUUUUUAGAUUUCUUCAGAUAAAUUAGAUUAAUUUUUUUUUUUUGAAAGAUAAAUUAGAUUAAUUUUCAUAACUUUGAAUACGACUAUACGAUAUUUUCUUUGUAAAAUAAAUAAACAAAAUAAUGUUUGAACAGUAAAAAAAAAAAACUGAAAAAGAAGGCCUUUCAAGAAAAGUAUGGAGUGUUUUGUCAAAAAAAAAAAAAAAAAAAAGAAGAAAGAAAGUUAUGGAUUGCAAUAAUUCAUUUUCCCAAACUUGUUAUCGUUAAAACCCCAGACUAAGAUAAACCAGUCUUUUCAUUCACAAUCACUAGUUUUUGCUAAAUCAUAAAUUUAAAAAAUAAAAUAAAAUUGCAAGUAGUAGCUGAUCAAGGAUGGCAGUAGGCGAGACAAUUCUUUCAGCGUUUCUGGAGGUGUUAUUUGAGCAGAUGCUGUCAAGUGGAGGGAGGCAGUUCUUGAAGUUGAUUGGCGGAGUUGAUCUGCCGAAAACAAUAAAGAAAUGGAAGAUACAAUUUACCAGGUUGGAAGCUCUCUUGGAUGAUGCUGAGUUGCAGCAGUUUCACAGUAAACCUGUCAAGUUGUGGCUGAAUGAUCUCCAAGAUUUAGCUUACGACAUUGAGGAUCUCUUGGAUCAUUUUGCCACCGAAGCUUUAGGUUACCAGUUGAAAAAGGCGGAAGAAGAUGAAGCUUAUGCAGUAAUUGAUCACUCAAACGCUGGGAUUCUAGACAGAAUGGCGCAAACCAUUUGUGUAAGUGGUUCAAGAGCUGCAGAUAGUCUCUCCACCUUUCUCAAACCUGUUGAUCAACGCAUUCAAGACAAGAUUGAUGACAUUACAGAGCGCUUGCAAGAUAUUCAGGACCAGACACAGAGUUUGAGUCUGACUGCGGCACACAUGAUGCAGCAGCAGACUCUCCAAACAGAAACUCUUCGAAGCCAGAGAGAAUCCACUUCUUUGGUUGGCCAGGUUUUUGGAAGGGAUGACAUGAAAGAAGAGAUAAUUACAAUGCUACUGAAAGAUGAUCAGAAUGCUGUAGGUUAUGUUGUGAUUCCUAUUGUUGGAACGGGUGGCAUUGGAAAGACGACCCUUGCUCAGUAUGUAUACAACGAUGAACAGAUGUAUGUAUACAGAGGUGAGCAACUCUAUGCUCACAAUGGUGAGCAGCAGAAGUCUAAUUUUGAUAGCAAGGCAUGGGUGUGCGUCUCAGAUGUGUUCGAUGUCAAACGAGUCACAAUAGAUAUAAUUAACUCGGCCACCCGCAGCAAUGAUUUCAACUGUAGCAACUUGGAUCAGGCACAAUUGAAAUUGCAGGAAGUGCUAAAAGGCAAAAAAUUCUUUAUUGUUCUUGAUGAUAUCUGGAGUGAGGAAUAUGGUGAUUGGGACAAGCUGCAGGAACCUUUCCGACACGGUGCAAAAGGAAGCAGAGUGAUACUGACAACCAGAACUAAGAGUAUUGCAAUGAUGAUGGUUACUAAUCCAACUCAACGCGAUAUCAUCAAGUUAGAAAGGUUGUCAAACGUUGACAGUUGGCUUAUAUUUCAGCAGCAUGCAAAUGAAGAUUCUGAUCUUGCUGAGAUGCGAGAUAAUAUUGUAGAAAAGAUCAAUGGAUUGGCUUUGGCCGCUAAAGCUUUAGGAGGUCUCCUUAAAAGUAUUCCAGACAAGAGCCAACGCCGAAAGAUACUAGAGAGCAAUAUUUGGGCUGAGAAGAGCAGUGUUUUACCAGUUCUAAGGCUAAGUUACCAUCAUAUGCCUUCUCAUUUGAAGCGUGUAUUUGCUUACUGUUCAGUAUUUCCAAAAGACUACGUGUUCGAGGAGACGGAACUUGUCUUACUAUGGAUGGCUCAAGGCUUCCUACCAGAAACCCAAAAUGAAAGAAUGGAAGAUAUGGGCCACAAGUACUUCAAUGAUCUUGUAUCAAGGUCAUUAUUUGAAAAACCCCCAUCUUCAGUUAAAGACGAUACGUUCAUCAUGCAUGACCUCAUCCAUGAUGUGGCUCAAUUGGCUGCAGGUGAUGUCUGUUAUAUAAUGGAUUCCAAGAGAGAUGAUCUUGAAAGAGUUCGCCAUUUAUUUGUCAAUCGUCAUGUUCAUACAUUGGGAGAUGAUCUUGAAAGAGUUCCUCAGCUGCGAUCAUUUCUAUGCCGCAACAAUUAUUUGAGAGUUGAUAAUUUGGACACCAUCCAAAGUAUGCAUUACAUACGAGCUCUAUACCUAGCUUCAAAUAUAAUUAAAGUUGUCCCAGAAUAUAUUGGUGAUUUAAAACACUUGUGUUAUCUUAUUCUCAAUUUCAGAAACAUACAAGUGUUGCCACAUUCAAUCAACAAUCUCUGGAAUCUUCAAACACUGGGCUUGAACUUCUGUCUCAACCUUGAGAAGGUUCCAUAUAUCGGAUCGCUGGAGAAACUUCGCCACAUAUAUUCUCCACUACGUCCAACUAAGGAUAUGCCGCUUGGAAUUGGGAGAUUAACAAACUUGCAAACUUUGGGUGAAUUUGUGUUGGCACCCGGAGGUGGGUCUAGGGUAAGGGAGUUGGGGAUGUUGAAUCAUCUCCGUGGAAGUUUAUGCUUACUUGGGCUAGAAAAUGUGACAGAGGUUGCAGAUGCAGAGGAAGCCCAAUUGCAUAAAAAAGAGGGUUUAGAUGAGUUGUAUAUGAACUGGGGAACUUGUGUAGAUGAGGUUGGUGACAUGACUAAGAGAGAUGUGAUUGAGAAGUUGCAGCCUCACACUUCCAUCAAAAAAUGUAAGUUGGAGGGGUACAUGGGCACGACAUUACCAAGUUGGCUGGGAGAUACCUCUUUCAGUAACAUGGUGGACAUAACGUUGUGGGAGUGUCAGAAAUGUGAAUGCUUGCCUCCACUGGGGCAGCUACCCUCGUUGAAGGGUUUUUGGAUUCAAGAUAUGGAUGGUAUUAAGGAGGUGGGUCUUGAAUUUUAUGGGCAUUGCUCAAAUCCUUUUCCAUCUUUGAAGACUAUCUUUUUAUGGUGUGAUAUCCUGGGAGAAGUGGGUGCACCCACCAGUUGACAAUAAGGCAUUCCCCAUCCUUGAAGAGCUUCAUAUUAAUGAAUGUCCGUCAUUGCAAGGCAAUCUACCUCCUCAUUUGCCUUCUCUUAGAGAAUUGGAAAUCAUUGAAUGCAGGCAACUACAAAACUUGGAAUUGAAGAGUUCUUCCUCAACUUGUCUUGAAAAACUCCAUGUUGAAGGAUGUGACUCUAUCGUCUUUACUUGUGAACAACAAAGCCUGCUUCUCCCAGCUUUAAAAUAUCUUCGCUUUGUUGAUUGCAAGAAUAUGGAAAGGCUUCCGGCUCAAUUGUACAAUUUCACCUCCCUCCAACGAUUAGAUAUUGAAGAAUGCCCUAAAAUACACUGCUUAGCAAUUUCACCUCACUCUGUAGACUCAGUAGAGUGUAUACCGUGCCCAUAUCUUUCUCUUCCCUCUUCCUUGUCUCAAUUAUAUAUCCAGGGUCUCCAAAACUUGAGAACCAUAUUCUUCCUUAGCAAUUUUACCUCACUUGUAGAAUUAUCAAUUGAAGAUUGCCCUAAAUUUGAAUCCUUUGGUGACAAUGGCUAUCCUCCACGCCUCUGUGUCAUUUCUAUCAAACAGUGUAAUAUAAUAGAACAAAAGUUGAGAAGUGAUCCCAAUGGCAUUAUAGAAACAGAGAAUGGAAAAUUCUCGCUACCUUAGUCUAAAAGUCAACCAAGCUCAGCCCAUCCAAGAACAUGACCUUCAAGUGCAAUUGUUUGCUCAUAUGGCGCUAAGGACUCAAAGAAACUGUGAAGCCUAGCAGCAUUAGUAACAUCAUGUCUGCCAGAUUAAGGGUGGGUCGGAGGCGUCUGGCAUGGGCCAUCUGACGGCGUUUGGCGUGGCUUUUCCGGUGGCAUGCAGUGGAGUCGCUGGGUCAGGAGUCGUUCAGUCAUGGUGGAGAAGCAGGGGAUGGAAUGUCUCUCUGUUUUUUUUUUCUUCUUUUUUUUUGCAAUUCGAGUGACUGCCUGGUGUUAUUUGGGAACUAAAUUGGGGAAAAUUUAGUGACUGCUUCAUCUGUCACUAAAUAGUGACGAAUUUCAAAAACCGUCACUAAAUAGUGACAGUUUUCAUAAACCAUCACUAAAUCUUGAUUUUAGAGACGAAAUUUUUGGCAGUCACUAAAAUCGCGUUUUCUUGUAGUGAGCAGGACCGUCUCAGUACCAUCACUAGUGGAAAAAACGUCAUUUGCAGCACACUAUUUACAGCAAAACCUAUGUAUAGAAUGUUGCAAUUAGUAGUUAUUCAAGGUGGGUCAACCCUUUACUGAAUUAAUAGCAGCGUAAAAAAUAGGGAAAUUUUUUAAGUGAAUUAUUUGCACUUCUCCCAAGUGAAGCACAUUAUUGCAGCGUUCCCUACUUCUGAACGUUGCGAAAAACUUAUUUGCAAUGUUUCCCAUAUAGAGCGCUGCUGCAAAUAAUAUUUUACAAAAAUAGUAAAUUAAUAUAUAAACUUUUAUUCAUUCCUUUAUUUCAUUUUUAGAACACAUGACUGCAUCUUUUCUGCCCCCUUGCAGAAAACCCUUACCCUAGAAAAACCCAGAGAGUAAAGGAGAAAGAGAAAAUGAAACAUAACCCCAGAGUGUUCAGCUCUUGUUGAAAAUGUCGUAAGGCUCACUUCACCACGCCGUCGAGCGUUCACCGUGUGAUUAUGAGUGCUCCACUCUUCGGCAACCUCUGAAGCAAGUACAACGUUCGAUCAAUGCUCGUGCACAAAGCCAACAAGGUACAGGUUGAUCAUGGUACCUCAUAGUUGGAAGUGCUUCUUGGGAGCUCGGUAUCCAUGUAUUUCUUGCUUUCUCUUUCUAGAUCUAUCAUUUUUUCUUUCAUUUCUGCAAUUUCAUGUUGUUUUUGUGAGAAAUUUGAUGUAAACCCUAAAAUUCUCGAUUAUUAUUGAUUGUAAUAGUUGAACAUAGGGUUUUUGUAAAUUAUCUGGUUGUAGAUUAGGUAUUGUUUUGGGUAAAAAAUACCCAGGACACGUGGUCCAAUCAUAAGAUGACAUGUGUCACCCUAGGAAAGGUUCAACAUGAACCAACCCUUAGCUGACACGUGGCACUCCCAAUCGAUGAGGAAAAAGACGGCCUUCAGGGCCCCAUUCUCGAGGAAAACCUUAAAACGGCGCAGCCCAUUAGUUAUAGGUUUCCGUAACCUAGGACGGGGGCAAAAAUCCCAAUGACCCUAUAAAUAGGGAGAUUUACUCCACUUUGAAACAUUCAAUAGUUGAAAACACUUAAUUCUCUCGAAAAUAGAGAAAAACACCUGAUCUUAGAAUCCGAGAAGAUCCCACUUUACUUUCCGCACUUUUUUACAUUCUCAGUACACCUUCUAACUUGAUCGCCGGAGGCGGAACUCCACCCAAUCGGAGUCUCCGUUGUUUUGCAGGUACAGGCGCAAAGAGUCUAG